UUCCAGCAUUCCAAGGUUCAUCUCACGCAUCCAUAUUCACCCAAAACUGCUGAUAUGAUUUCUAUCACCAUUCACCAGUUCACCGCGUGCAAACUCCUCCUUCCUAUAGUUUCUCUUCUCUGUCAACAAUGUUUCUUCUUCCUUUCCUUGUUCUCACUUUCUCACUUGUUUUUGUCCUCUCUCACCAAACAGCUCUACUAGCACCCAUUACAAAAGACCACACAACCCACCAAUACACCAUCCAAGCACACCUCAAAACCCCGCUCCAACCCACCAAGCUACUCCUCCACCUCGGCGCCUCCUUCUCCUGGCUCGACUGCUACCAAAACUACACUUCCUCCACCUUCUCCCACGUCCCCUGCAACUCCUCUCUCUGCUCUUCCCUCCACUCCCUCGCCUGCUCCAACUACUACAGCCCCCCCGGCCCCGACCCCGCCUGCGCCAACGACACCUGCGCCCUCUUCCCCGAAAACCCACUCACUCGCAAAGCCACGCUCACCAACGCGCUCCUCGACUCCCUCGCUCUGCCCACAACCGACGGGUCCACUCAGUUGAGUCAGCUCGGUGGACUCGUCCCCGACUUCCUCUUCUCCUGUUCCCAAACCUCCCUCCUCCAGGGCCUCGCCAAAGGGGUCGCCGGUUUGGCCGCACUGGGCCGGUCCAAUUUCUCGCUCCCGGUGCAGGUUAGCAGAUCCCUCUCUCUGCCUCGCUAUUUUGCGCUUUGCUUGUCUGGUUCGCGGUCUUUACCCGGCCCGGUCUUCUUGGGUUCGAGUGGGCCCUACUUUUUCAACUCCAAAAUUGACCUUUCCAAGUCGCUUAUUUACACUCCUCUCAUUCUCAACCCGGUUGGGAGUACUGUGAUCACGUACUAUUUACAGCCGUCUGAUGAGUAUUUCAUAGGUUUGACUUUGAUCAAAGUCAACGGAAAAGCUGUUCCCAUCAAUGCCUCGCUCCUGACCGUUGAUGAGAACGGUUUUGGUGGGACCAAGAUCAGCACCGUUGAUCCCUACACGGUGUUAGAGACGUCCAUUUACAAAGCUUUUAAUGAUCUGUUUGUAAAGGAAGCCCUGGGUUUGAACUUAACGGUAACGGCAAAUACCGUUGAGCCAUUCGGUGUGUGCUAUGCUGGAAAAGAUAUCAUGAGUACUCGCGUGGGACCGGCUGUCCCGACCGUCGAUCUCGUGAUGCAAAGUGAUGAUGUGUUUUGGAGGGUUUUUGGGUCUAAUUCGAUGGUUAGGAUUGAGAGGAGCGAUGCUGACGUGUGGUGUUUGGGGUUUGUGGAUGGUGGACCCCAUGCAAGAACUUCAGUCGUGAUUGGUGGGCAUCAAUUGGAGGAUAAUCUUCUACAAUUUGAUCUUGAAUCAAAGAGAUUGGGAUUUAGCUCAUCAAUUUUGGUUAAAGGGACCACAUGUGCCAACUUUAAUUUUACAUCGACUUCUAGUAAACGCAUAGUCAAAUAGAGUGAUCAUAUUCCAACUCUAAGUUACAACUUUUUGUAUCUUUUGUAUUUUUAAUUUUUAUCUUUUUUCCUUAAUUACCCUUUUG